AGCAGGGAAAAACAAACCAAAAAAAAAAUGUCUAUGGUAACAAAACAACAAUGGCGGACGAAGUGCCGGUGGAGUUUUAUUUUGCAAACAGAUUUAUUUCGUGAGACCAAUGUUUUCCGUUUAUAAUGUCAAAACAAGGAAAAAGAAAAAUCACUGUUGAGUUGCCCAAAACAAAAGAUCUAGCAAACAGACCUAGUGUUUUUGAGCGCCUCGGUACCAAGAAAGCUUCAAGUGUAAAAAAAACAACUGAACAUUGUAGACAGUGGGCUCAACACGGUAGUUGCGCUUACGGUAAAAGUUGUAAAUUUGCCGCAACUCAUACAUUGAUUAGUCCAUCUAAGCAACGGGCAGCGAAUAAAGACAGUGAGCAAAAGCGUUUAGUGAAAGACGAUGGAAAAAAUAGACUUCAUUCAACUGUGGUAGUGCGUUCGGGUCGCAGUCCCGAUGGCGAAAUUGACAAUUGGGACCAAAAUGACCUAGAAUAUGCGGAUACUGACGUACUUGAAAAACGAAGAUUGCAAUUGCAACGGGAAUUAGAAUUGCAGUUGAAAAUGGACUGUGGGAAAGACAUGCGUAAAGAAAAAAAGAAAGUGGUGUCUAGUACAUCCUCUUCUCGGAGUUCGAGUUCGUCCAGUAUUUCUUCCUCGUCAUCUGAUGGUAGUUCCUCCUCUUCUUCUUCUGGCAGAGAAGCAAGAAGGAAAGGCAAGAAAGUAAAAUUAAAAAGGAACUCCAGUUCUUCAUCGGAUGGUGAGAUACCGAAGAAGAAAUAUAUUAAAAAUGAUGUUACAAAAAAGGAUAAAACUGAGAAAAAAGGUACACCUAAAAAAGAUGACAGGUUAAAAAAACAUGAUGGUGGCAAGAAAAAAACAGUCACUAAAGCAAUUAUUGGUAAAAAGUCUUUAUCACCAGGUAAAAAAUCAGGAGGGACGCCACCAAUAACUUCGAAAAGCAUUUCAAAGAAUAUAGUAAAACAUGGAAAAUCUCCUCAGAGACGGGAGAGAAACAGGAGUGUUUCUCCUCAUUCUGCACGAGAUAGAGAUAAAGAACGAGAUCGAAGCAACAAAGACAGAGAUAAAGAAAGGGAUAAAGAUCGCGAAAAAGAUAGAGAACGUCCUAGAGGUCGUAGUCGGUCGCCUAGAAAGGCUAGAUCUAGAUCUCCACGUCAGCACCCUAAAGAUUUAAGGAAAAAGGAAAGUUCUGAACGUAGUCGACCUGUUUCUCCCAAGAAGCAAGUAAGAAGAGAUGGAAGUACUGAGCGUCAUAGAAAGCGCUCGUCUAGUAGAGAUCGGGAUAGAGGUCGUGAUCACAAGGAUAGAUCUUUAGAACGAAGGAAAGAUAAACAUGAUGAAAAAGACAGACAUGACAGAAAAGAUCGUGGACGUGAUAGAAAUAAAGAUAAUAAAAGAGAUGAUAGUAAGCGUCGCGGUCGUGAUCGUGGUUUGGGAGGUAGUAGAGGUGGAUCAGAUAAAGGAUUAGAAAAACCAAACAAACCUAUGGAGAGACUAUUACCUAGACCAGAAGAACGUCUCGCGGCCCUUGCUGCGAUAUCUAAUAGGGUUUUAGAACCUGAUAAGAGUUCAACUAACUCUAAAGAACGGCAAGAUAUUGAAAGAGGCGGCCGUAAACAGGAUAGGAUGGAAAGAGAUCGAUCAACAAAGAGGGAUAGAAUGGAUAGUAUAGAUAGAGAGCAAGGUGACUAUGAAAUAGGUAUGGAUCGACAAUAUGAUAAUGAUCAUAAUCUUGAGCAUUAUGAUCGAGUAGACGAUCGGUACGAGGGUGGUCCUAGAGAGGAUGAUAGAUCUCCUGGAUAUAUACAAGCAAGAGAUAGACAUUACGAUCCAGGUUAUGAUAUGUCGGGCCCACCAAGGGGUUAUCCUGAAGAUGACGAUAGGAUGUAUGGCGAACACAUUAACGAUCAUCAUGCUGUAGAUAUGGGUUACGAUGAUAGGAGACAACAUCGUGACCGGUCGUGGGAGGGUCGUUCGGGUUCCAUGGAUCGGGAAAGAGGUUAUAUGCAUCCUCAUAAAGAUUGGGAUAACGAAGAUUAUAGAUCUUCUGCAGAUUGGGGUCGUGAACGUCAUUGGUCUAUGCAUGAACCACAGAUGAACGAGUGGGGUGGGGAUAAGGAAACAGAUAUGGAGGGUUGGCAUCAUCGAGGACACCCUGGAUCGCAUCGUGGUCGAGUUCAUGAAGAUUAUGGUCGUGGCAUGAGGAUGGAUACUAGCAGAGGUGAUGGAAAUAAACGUCGAGCUCCAAGAAAUGAACCGGAAAUACCGGCUAAAGAGACUCCGCCGCCAUCGCAGACUGCAACUGUUGCGCCUUCGCGCCCUGAUGCUGACGUCGAAGAUAAACCAAUACCUGAUGAUCUCAGUGAGAUUAGUGACGACCCUGAUGAUAUCUUAAACAGAGAAGAUAUGGCAGAUCAAACUAUGGAUGAAGACAGUCAAAGUGCUUUACAUGUUGAUGAAGGCGCAUCUAAGAUUGAAGGAUCGGAAAAAGAAUCUACUCAGGAUACAAGUGGUGCCGGAGAAGAAAAGGAAUCUCAGGAUGCUAAAGAUGAAGAUGAUGUUGCAAACCUGGACUUUGAAGAAAUAUCUGAUGGUGAACUAGAGGAAGAAAGAACCAGAGCUGGUUUGGGCGACGCGCUGGGAGUAGAUUGGGCAAGUUUGGUGGCAGAUGUACGUCGCCGGGAACAGACCGCGCCGACCGGAGGAGCUCGCGACCGUUGGAGACCCGAAAGGGUUCUGACUCGCCUUGGUCUCUCCUUGCAUAUGGCCGGAAAAAAUACGGUGCAAGAAAUUUUUCAUAAGAAUGCCUCGCUACAAUCAGAAAAUAAAGCACAACAGAAAGAAUCUGACAAUACAGGAAACAACCCUACUGAACAAAACGGUAAAUAUGGCGAUAAUCAUGUUGAAGAAACUGAACCAGCAGUGGAUGUCGAAUCUUUACACCCGAUUGCUGCCAUACAGGUUGCUCUGCAGAAAAGGAAAAGGCAGCGGGCGAUUUUGUUUGGAUCUGGUUGCGAAAUCACUCGCGGAUUGAGCGCGAGACGUGAUCUUGCGCUACGGCGUCAUCUUUGUCAUUUACCAGUAGCAGAACGCACUGGACAAUCCCGAGUGGCGCCCCAACCUUCCCUGUUCCACGCUGCAAGGGCAUUGCUUAUGCAAGCCCCAGUGUCCGGCUGACGAAGAAAUUAAAUCCAGUGCUCUGGAUGAACCACCUGACUUAUAUAGAAAUGGUGAAAAGUGCUAAAAUUAAAGACAAACGUGUUUGAAUAUAUCCAUUAAUUUUAUUGUACAUCAAUGUCACAUAAAGUGCAAACAAACUGCAUAUUGUUGUUAAGUGUUUGAUAACAAUGUUUGAACAUGAAGUCUCAUGCAUGAAUAAAUUGUUUAUAAGGCAUAAAAGGCAACUUUUUAUCUAAAAUAUUGCUUAUGAGGAGAGAAUCCUUAGGGAUGCCUUCUUCUAAAUAGAAGAGACAGAUUUGGUGCUGAUUAAAGACUGGACAUUGUCCUUAAGAGCCAGAGACUAUUCUCAAAUUUUUCUCACCAGCUGAUGAACAGUGCAUCACGUGAUCAAGGGGUUUUCCAAAAACUGGACUCGACUGACAAGAGCCAAAUAUAUAGGUACAGUUAAAUCCAGACAGAUGACAACCCAAUUCAUGCAUAUUUAUUAUUUUCAUUUAUGGUAUCUACUAUGGUACUAAUACUGUAUCAUAUAAAAUAUUAUUAUUUCAGAAUUUAAAUUAAUGAUGUUUUUUUUUAUUUAUAACAAAACCUAUUAUGGUUCAAUUUCAGCAUUAACACAAUACCAUGUAAGUUUGUCUUAAUUCCAUAUAAGUAUACUUAAACAAGAAGAAUAAAUAUGUUUAUAAAAAUAUUUUAUUUACAUUACCUACCCUAAAUAUUUUAAUUAAUUUCUUAGUGUGUACAUUAGUUAUUUAUGCGACUGUUACACGAAUGUGAUUUACAAAAUGAUCAUACCAGUGUCACUAUGCAUCGUGGGCGAUUACUUGUUGGUAUGGCAAUAAAACUAGCGGCGAAAACCAGGACAAAGAAAAUGACGAACCUGUUGAAGAAUGUGCAAAUCCUUCAAAUUUAUUACCUUCAUUGUUGUCAAAAUCGGUGAGUGAAUGGUCCCAGAGAGAAGAAGGCGAUGAUGCGACAGAAAAAAUGAAUCUAGUACUUCAGGAAAUUCACGCAAACAGUACGGUCAGUAAUGUUGAAUCGGGGACUAAAUGUGAUCAAAGGAAUUAUUACAUUUCACCUUUACACUCAGAUCAGAGUGAUUUUGAUGAUUCCGACCAUGAUCCGCAUUUUACCCCUGGUUCAACAAGUAAGCCCCUUUACUACGUGGUAAUACGAAAUAUUCGUCUAGUAGUUCUUCUUCAUCAAGUAGCUCUUCAUCGAGUACUUCUUCCAAUAAUUCUUCGACAAGUAGCUCGGAUAAUGAAACUGUGGACAAUUUAAGUCCCGGUACCUCAUCCUCUGCUUUGGCUACCGUUUCAAAUGAUUCUUUGGAAGACCAGAACAAUAAAUAAGGGAAAAAUAGAGUACGUAAUGAAGAAAAAUGGAAAAACAAAAUAGCCAAACGACUUCGCCAUUCUGGAAAAGCAUUUAUGAAUCGACUAAAAAAAACAAGUACCUGCAAGAAACAUGGGUCCAACGUGUGGCGAAAAAUGCAGAUUAAAGUGUCCUUCAAAAAUAAGUGAGGCAUCAAGACUGGAUAUUUUUAACCAAUACUGGAGUUUGGGAGACUUACAAAAACAGGGAAUUUAUAAUUAGGCAAACUACAAAUAUUAAUAUCAAAUUGUAAACAUUUGCACAAGACUAUCUACACACAUGCUUUAAAACCUCUAUAAAAGAUUCUGAAAUUAUGGGGCGUUCUAAGAAUAUAAAAUUUAUGAAGUUUCAGCAAUGCGGUAGUGAAACGCGCGUGAAAGACAAUGUUCUUUUUAUUCAUAAAACCACGCAACUAACAGUAAAAAUUGUGGUUGUCUGAGAGUAAACCCUUUGUGCGGAAGGAAUCAAAAAAUUAAAGGAGUGUUUAAAAGCCCAUUCACAUUUUUUGCAAAAAAUCGUAACUUUGAGCGCCACAUUAAGAAAAGAUUUUUGCAGAUUUAUGCCGAGCGAAUAAUAAAACGAGAAUGCAAAAAGACAACUGUACCAAAAACUACUCAGGGUCAUCUUCAACCGUGGAGCAGCAUAUCUUGGUAGAAGGUUUUAAAAAAUCUAUUACAGAUCGUAAUUUAAUAUAUAAAACUUUAAUUGCAGAUGGAGAUUCUAGUACUUAAAAAAUAUACUAGACAGUCGUCCUUAACCUGACGUAGCGAUUCAAAAAAUUGAGUGCACGAAUCAUUUACUAAGAAAUUACAAUGGGAAAAAUUUAUUGCUUCAGAAAGAUACCACUAUUCCAUUAAGCGAACGCAAACUUGAAUUUACACCGAUUAAAAAGGUUGCGUACUUCAGUUCGUGAUGCUGUAAAAUACAUGCAACAAGAAGAUUGUUCACAUUUAGAAAAAAUAGAAAAAUUACAAAGAAAUAUCAUUAACAGUCCUAGGCACAUCUUUAAGGAACAUUCGCAAUGUUAUUACUGCACAGAGGAAACGAAAAUGAAUGUAAUAUAAUUUCACUCGUCCCAACUUUAUUCCUUCAACUUCAAAAGAACGCGUCACAACUUGGUUUUCAUUCGCGUAGUCAUACAUUGUUAAACAAAUAAUCGAGCUCAACAAUGUAAUAGCAUAGUCGCUAAAAUGGUAGGUGGACAACGAGUAAAUUUCCUUCUCAAAGAAUCGUACACUACUCGAUGCUACGCUGCGGUGGUGUCGUUUAAUACUGGAAAGCCGCAAUAUUCGUUAUACAAAUCAAUAUAUCAAAGUAGUCCCGGAAAAUCUUAGAAGCAAAGAGAGCAAAAAAGCUCAAAAAGUAUAAGGUCUCCGAUGCUCAUUAUGGUCAAAAUGUGAGCGUCCGAAUAUGGAGUCGGAGGAUUACGAGAGGGCAAAACUGCUGUUUUUAAAUAGUUUAAAAGAACAGGCAUCAAAUUCUCAUGAAAUCGAAAGAUCUACAAGCCGAAAGUGCUUUAUGACUAGAACUGAGAGGAUGUAUGAUUACUGCUUCGACUUUUGCAAAAAAAUGUAAAAGGCGACCAAAUCAAAUUCUGCUCCUGUGGUAAAAAUACUCCUUUAACAAUAUGAACUGAGCAACAUCCCUUCAGUAAAACACGAAAGAAAAAAUGAGUCGAUGGCUUUGGCACAAUUAAGUGUGCAGGAAAAUAUUUUUAUCGAAGAAUGUGGCUUAAUUAUUGAUUCGGAAUACUGGUUUUUAGGAGUAACUCCAGAUGGACUGAGUGGCGAAGAUUUAGUAGAAGUAAAAUGUCCCAGCUCUGUUUUUGGAAUAGAUCCUGAUAUUGCAAUACGGGGAAAAAAACUAAAAGUGUUUUAAGUCCAUUAAUGAACAUUUUUUAGAAUUUAAUAAAAAUCAUGACUGGUACUACCGAAUACAAAUUGCCAAAAACAUGUGUGUUUGUUUGCUGUGUGGACUGGUGCUGAUUUCCCAUUAAAAGUAGUAAGGGUAGUCAAAAAUAACAAGUUUUGGCAUGAAAAGAUGAUUCCAAAACUAAGUUUUACCCAUGAACGUCUGCUGCCAGAAAUCAUAGAUCCAAGGAAGUCGCGAUCAAUGCCGUUACGGCAAAUAUGUAUAUAUGAUGUAUUCUAUCGAAAAUCUUACAAUACUUCACAUUAUAUACCCUCUCCUUAACUAAAAUAAAACUAUAUCCAUAAAAUUAUCGUAAGAUGUCUUGAUACACCAUUAAGCAUGAAUGGUGAUGUAGUACCUGUGGUUUCUGGAUGUAUUAUCUUUACUUGGAAAGUACAAAAUACGUAUGUAUAACAUUAGAUUUGGGAUUGCAAUAUGCAUUCAUAUUGAUCAAAAUAUUUUUCUACACACUCAAUUGAUGAAAAAAGGAAAAGCUUCCGACUGAUAUUGAAGCAGCAAAACACUAAUUUACUUAUGCCAUUAUCAUAGUGGAAUGUCUUAUGGCCUAUUGUUAUGGGAACAGCUGCUAAUAUAAAAACUAUUUAUGUAUUAUAGAAUCGAGCAGAUGAGGCCAUAUACAACUUACGAUCAAGUUACUCCCAUAGGGAUAUGUUUAAAGAAAUCACAAUACAUCUAUGGGAACUAUAUUGUGGCUUUCCAGUAUUAACCGACACUAAAAUACAAAAACUUGCUGCUCUAGCUAUCUAAAUGUUUAGAUCAACCUUUCCCAAAGAGGGCGAUAAUGGUCCCUUGUGGGCGCUGCAGCCUGGGUUAGGUAGGAGACCCAGAAAAAAUCGGGACCCCGACUGAGCUCUCGAUUACAACUUGUGAACAUCAACUAAUAAUAAUAUCAAGAGAUUGCUCAAACUAGCUCGAUUCGAUAUUUUUCCCAAGGUAGUUCAUAUAUCUCUCCGCAGCGGACGGGGGGCGGUACGGUGGGCAUUAGGCCGCGUACUCAACCCCCACGCGCGGGCCUACCUGCGCACGUCUGCGGGGUACCCGUGACACCCCUGCCGUGGAGCCCCGGCUAGGCCGGGAGGCUGCUAGGUGCGGAGACGCGGAAGAAUCCCAAACGGGGAUCCCGCGCUAAGCAGCUUAGAGGGUAUUCGCAGGACUUUUUUAGCGGAUAUUAUGCCGUAAAGCGCCCGUAAGAGUUGCGGGGUCCUCGGUGGACAGCCACUGGGGAGCCCGUAAGACUUGCGAGAGCCAGGUGUGAGGUCCGUUCGGCGGUGUGCCUCUUAAAGGCGCCGUCGUCUGUAAAUAGCAUUUUUUACCUGCGUUAUAUAUAAAAAAAGGUAGUUCAUAUAUCUGUCCUGUUUUAUUGAAUAAUUAAAAUAAAAACAAUGGCAAUCGGUCGCUCCGUUUCGAAAUGAAAGUAUAUAAAAACAAAUAAAUAAAAAGGGGAACAGACACACUUUCGCAUUUUAAUAGUUGUUGAUAGAUUAUUUCAUCAGCUUCGUGUUACUAAUGAUGAAGAUUUCAACCAUUUGUUGUUUUAUACUGAAGUUCGUUGGCUAUCAAUAGGCAAUUGUCUGACUCUAUUUUACAACCUGCUUGACCCUGUGAAUGUGAUAGAGUUCUUGGAAACUAAAGAUACAGAAUUGCGUAACAAGCUCAUUACAUCAAAGAAUGAUAUAGCUUACAUGACAGACCAAAAAAUUGUACAACGACAUGAAUCUUCAACUGCAAGGCGAUAAACUAAAUUUAAUUAAAACAAAAAAUGACAUUGCUGCUUUCGCAGCCAAACUGCUUCUAUAAAACAUCAAUCCGCAGUUUCAAUUAAGAGACCCAAUCAUUGUACGCGAAACGUACCAGACUGAUUCCGGGUAUGAUAGCAUCAGUGAUGAUAGUCUUUGAGAACAAUGUUCAGUUUUAAUAGUACGGAGAAUGGCUUACAUAUCUUAUUGUAUGUGCUUUACAGCAGCCAGUGAUGGAGGUGUGAUCUUUCCCGGUUCCGUUUUCAUAUUAUUUAUCCUGAUAUUUACGAGAUGAUACUAGAACAUACAGCAAAAAUUCAUGAAAGCUUUUGAUGGGUUUUGUUUAAAUGCAUGGAAAUCACACGAAUUUUUCGCAGCGUUUUCAGGUCUGCAUCGUCAGAAAAAUGAUUUUAUCAUCAUCAUCAAAAUCAUUAUUCUGACACUGCAGACCUGAAAAGGCUGCGAAACGUCAAUAAAUAAAUAAAGUUCGUACAUUAACCCGUUAAAACUAGUUUUAUUUAAAUCUUUAUUGUCGUUCCAAAACAACCAAUAGCUACGAUAAAUAUAUUAUUUAUUUUCUCACAAUAGUAAGAAAAACUCAAUCCUUGUAUCCUUUGCUCCGCUCAGGAUUCCUAUCUAGAAUCCUUCGUUGCUAAGGUAGGGAUCCAUCUUUCUCAGCAUCUCAAAUAAAGUUUAUUUUUAUCUGCACUUAGUGUUUAACAUACUAAUUGCAUAUUAAACUGUUAAUUUGGUAAAGCGUGCUAUACUGAACAUCGCCGCGUCGAUAUCUCGCUCAUGUGACUCGGUCAGGCUCGCGGCCAUAUUUACCUAAACUGCAGUAGCAGAUUUUGUGAAAGGUUUCUUAAUAUUAUAUUUUUUUUUAUAACUUAUAGCAUCCGUUUGAAUGAUAUUAUGGUUAUUAGAACAUUGGAUGCAUGUUAGCAAAGCAUGGGUGUAGAUAAAUAUAUUUUAUUGCAUUUUUAGUAUAUAUUAUAGUUUAUACAGUUCAUAUAAAAAAUUACAUCAUUGCGUCUUUAACAAAAAUGAUACAUCGGAGUCCACUGCAAAUUCUGUCUUCUUAGCACCCCUGAAAAAUAGAGUUAAAAGAAAUUUUAUAAUUUUUCUGGGCCGAAGCGUAUAAAAAAACAAACACAUAAAAACUACUAAUAGGGAAGAUGCAAUAUUUUUAUUUUUGUUUUCAUUUUAAAGAAUUCCAUGUAGAAUAAACCACAGAUAUAAUAAAAAAUUAAAACAUUGUGAUUUAUCGGAAAAAAUGCGGUUUCAAAUUGACAAUUUAAAUUUUCGCGCGAAAACGAACCUAUGGUUGCAAUGACGUCACUCCUGUCUGUCACUGGUCGUACUUGUUCGUCGCUGGCUUUAAAUUUUCAUACUUUUGUAUAUUUUUUUGACUAUUUUUUUCGAAAUAUUUUUUUGAAAAAUUUAAAAUGGACUAUCCAUCAACAUCGUGUGAUCAUAACAAUACCACUAAUAUUCCGAAAAAAAGCCGUGUUGAGUCAUGUUUUGUGCCAAUCUACUUCAACAAAGUUCCCAAAUAUAUUGUUUUUGACUGGAACUUCUGACCCAAAACUGAAAAAAAAGUGGUUUCAAGCUGCGAAGAGAAAUGACAAUUAUUCUCCAAAGACCAUUAUUCGAUGCUGACAAGAUCACUUUGACAUAAGCCGGCGAAUAUACUUGUUAUAUGCUUAAUUAAUCUGCUUGUACGUAAAAACGCAUUAGUAACCUACCUAAUACUUACACAACCUGUCUAUAACAUAUUUUUAAUUUUACAGUUGGAGAAUGACGUCGAAAAUUAGAUAAAGUUUAAAAUGUGUGGCACAAUCUUCACAUUGGCAGGACUGAACCAAGCUUUGCGUUUCAUUUAAAAUAACUGUAACACGAUAACCUUCUUUACGUACUUUAUGCUCCGGAGAACUCGACCUUUUACUGUACAUAAUUCUCCAUCUCUUUUUAUUUGGACAUAGCCGAUUGCAUUAUCGCCGUAAGAUUUGUAGAAGCCGCUGAAUAAAAUACGAAGUUUAACAACUACGAUUUUUACAUACCGUAGUAAUUUAGUCCCUUUCAUUUCUACACUUAAAAACUCUGCACUUUGGACAAAAAAAGUUAUAACCAUGUCAACACUAAUGCGCUUACCACACGCACAAGCUUCACCACAGUUUGGCCUGCGCAAGCAUCUCGCACGAAAAAACUGUACGCUUUGUGCGUUACCACACGGCACAGUUAAGUACGCGCAAGCCUCAUUCUUAUCGAAAUCAUUGGCGUGGAAACAAUGUUUCUUAAUGAAGAAACAUUUCUUAUGCUACUAUUUUUAAAGUGUUUGCUAUUAAAAAAAACAUGUAAAAACGAUAGGAUAUGUACAGUAUAUGUGUAAGUAGGUAGGUAGUAGGUAUUAGGCAUAGGUAUUUAGUUGCAAAAAAUAUGUUUUUACCUCUUUCAUUUUAUUUAUCAUUCUUUCGUAGGCGUCGUUCUUUUUAUUUCGGUCGGAAUAAUCUUUAGAUUUAAUUUUCCAGAGUGCAGGCAGAGAUUUGUAUAAACUUAUUAAUUCAGACGUGAAUUCGUGAUUUUACGUACGCAAAUCUGCCAUUUUUGAGUGACGAUGACGAACGACCUCAUGAAACGAUGAGCGAGCCUCGACACAAAGUACACUCGACUGUGGCUUGAACACUGAACGCCCAACCACACGCACAGACGAGUACGCGCAGGCCGGGCUUGCGCAGGCAAAAUUUCAAGCAAGUCGAAAAAUGCGCAGGCCGCGCUGUGGGGUUGGCGCGUGAUACAGUUUUACCAACUACACGCACCGUGUUCUGUGUACAAACCGGCCUGCGCAGGCAAAACUGUGGUGAAGCUCGUGCGUGUGGUAGGCCCAUAACUCUUGGUAAAUUCCUGGAGUCUACUUUGAUAAACGCAACUUCCAUUUUUAUUAAACGUAAAAAAACGCAAUUAAUAUUCCCAUAAAAUAAUAUUUACUUUAACAACCAUAACCUCAAAGAAGUUGUCAUAACGGGAGUGACGUCACUAAACGCUGAUUGGUGUUAUAAAAUACGUUCUGUUUCAAGUAUUUCAAAUUCGUAAUAAUUGUUAAAAAACAACAUUAUGUAAAAUAAAAACGUUGCAGUGGCAAUUCUUUUAUAUUUUUUUAACAUUUUAAUCAUAAAAUUUUCAUAAAUAUUAUAUAUGCAUCUUCCCUAUUUUACAUAUAUACAAACUAUUGUCUUAAAAGCUAUACCUACUAACCUUUGUAAAAAGACAGUGGUUUUUAUUUUGAUAAUAGUGGAUGCUCGCGACUUUGUCUUUGUGGAAAAAUUGGAUUCACAUACAAACUUCAACCUCCCGUUUCACCUCAAAGAAUCAUAUCUGAGAUAAAAAACUAUCCUAUGUCAGGAUAUCUUCCCCAGGACUCAAACUAUAUCUUUAGAAAAUUUCAUCUAAAUUGAUGCAGCAGUUUAAGGAUGGAGAGGUAACGACAGACAGCAGACUUUCAUAUUUAUAAUAUUAGUUUAGAUAUGGCUAAAUAGUUGUUUUUGCAUAAAAAAACAUCAGCAAUUUUUACUCACUUUUCAAAUAAAACAGCUCCAGCUACUCCCUUGAUGAGCAAAGUGUUGUUGUCUACUUUUAGAAUCGAGCCUUCUCUCAGACCAAGCACUGGAGAAGCACACUCCUGCUCCAGGUACUCGCUAAUUCUCUGAUCUCUAGUUUCCCCUUUGUGUGUUUCACUUUCCAUUUCAAUAUAAUGUGGGUUUAUAUUGAAGGGGACUAUUUUAAUAGCAUCAAAAGUGGGCGGGUAAGUGAUCGGCAUAUCAUUUGUAGUGUGAAUGCUUUUUGUUGCAGCAUUUGUACCAGCACUACUUCCAAUGUAUAACAAAUCACCAUCAUACACUCUUUUCCUGAUAAGUUCUACUAAAUUGUGUUCAUAAAGUCUCUUUAAGAGAAGGAACGUAUUACCACCACCUAUAAAUAUUGCUUUGCUAUCACUUAUAGCUUUUUCUGCAUUUUUAUAUGUAUGUAUGCCAGACACCUCAAAACCCCAGAGAUCAAUUACUUCCUUUAUUUUAGCAGUGUAUUUAUUAUAAUCAUUUUGAGCAUAGGGUAUAAACAGAAGCUUUUUCACAUUAUUCCUGAAAUGUUUGCAGAGUUUAUUAGGCAAAACACUUGGUAUUUCAGUAAGUUAGUCAAAAGUCAAAGUCAAGUGUCAAAAAAUUGUUUAACAUAUUUAUUGAAGUUCCAAUCGUGCAUGUAGAAUAAAAAGAGGCUAACAGAGCGAUGCAAUGUUGUUACAUUUAAGUAAAUUGUUUAACAAAUUUAUUAAAGGUCCAAUUGUGGAUGUAUAAAAAUAAGUGAUAGAUACAAACUUUUCUAACACGGAGCAAAUCUCCUGUUUGGCAAAUUCCAGCAUAGAAAAUCCAUGGCAAUUUGAAGACGAUAAUAACAAGGCUUGGCGAUACGAUUGCAUGGUAGUGACGACCCAAUGUGUAGCUGUGGUUGGUCAGUUGGACUAUCACUAACUAGAUCUACCUAUUCUAAUCUUAUCUUCUUUUAUCGUUUUUUUUAAUAACUUAUCAACACUAUCAAAUUAUCAAAGAAUUUAUAGUUUGUAUGUAGAUGUUCAAUAAAUAAGCUCAACAUAGCACGAACCACUAACAAAUUCGAAAAGUUUGCAAACGAGUGCCGAAUGUUUUUGUAAGUUAAUACAGGGCUCAGCUUUCCAUUAGUUGUGGUUGAGUAGCGAGCUGAAAUUUUUGUCACGGAAAGUAUUAAU